AGGGAUAUCUGGGGCGCGUAAUAAAGAAAUCCCAACCUCUCCAAUUUCUUCAUCUUCUCUCACACAUAACAGAGUAAGACGUCGAAGAUACUCCGACGAGGUUGCCUCUACCCUUCCAUCUCAGAUCCGCAACAACCACCGUCCGAGCUCGCCGCACCGCUUCCCCAUUCACUGCCGUGGCCAUUGGAUCCCACCGUCGACACUCUUGUCGACAGCGCGACUUCUACUGUCAAAACCUCCUCGCUCCAGCACGGACAUCCAUUCCUUUGUUUCUUCUCCCACAUUUACGGUAUACUGGAAAAAAAGCUCAGUGCCGCGCGAAUCCUAAAUACCCGUCAGCCGCAAGUUGAGGUUCACCCAUUUUCUUACCUCUGUUUUGUUCUAUUAUUGUUGUUGAUACUAGUUUAAAUUGAUGAAGUCGCUGAUUUAUGAUUGAGAUGCUUGUACUCACAAUCAUUCAAUGCUGAAUAUACUGGAUUAGCAAAUUUUUUUCAGUGAAACAGUUUGGGGAUUUUGAUGGAGGUAUAUGCUAAUUCAAUGUAUGUGUGUAUAUGGAGAUUUUGAACUUUGAUUAUGUUUAUUAUUUUGCUCUUAGAAUAUUUGGAUUUAUUAAAUUUGUUGAAAUUGAAUGCGAUCAAUGGAAUAUAGUUUUUGGUCUCUGUGAAGAUUAUAUAUUAGUUUCAGAUUGAGGAAGAAAAGCUUUUUUUCACACACUCACACACUAGAGUUAUUCACCUGACGCACACACUUCAUCUAAUUCACGCACGCACACCACUCACAAUUCACGCACACAACACACACUCACAAUAAAACCCCAAGGGGACGAAAUCCACGCGAAAAAAAAAGGUUCCCUGAUUCUCAACCCCUGGGAACCCCUUUCUGAUUUUUUGAAUUUCUUCCUCAAUCACCAUGCAACUUCCGUCUUAGUUCCGGGACACCACUACGCGAGCUCGCUGCCACUAGACCACAUCACCUCGCUGCACUGCAAUUUCGGAUCCCUAGGCCGCCUCUGCCAUCUCCGUCGAAGCUUCCCAGAGUUGUGGCACAUCCCUGGAGUCUUCUUCGCGCAACCCUCCGAGCCCACUAUUGUUGUUUCCAGCGAGACUCUUAGAGUAACAACAAUCUCUGUUGGCGCUGUGCUGGUCAUUUUAAAAUCUUUCUCAUGCUCGUAUUCUGUUUUGGUUUUGAGAUUUAAUGAAUGUGAUUUAAACUGAUUCUGUGUUGUUUUGUGGCUUUGAGUGAAGGGAUUAUUUAUUUUAUUUGAGUAUGACAUUUGUGCUUGUGAUUAAGGGUAAUGUUAUACCCACUGUGAUUGUAGCUCUUGGGUAUUACUGCUAAUAUGUUGAAGGAACUAUGUAAUUGAAUGCAAGUAACUAAGGGUUGAUUGCUGUGUAUGUAUGUUAAUGUUUAAUUGUUAAUUGAAUCAAUGCAAUAAGGGUGAGACCAGGAAUUACAGGUUCAAGUUCAAAUUGGGAAAUGGUGUUGGUUUCUUUUGGAACAAAGAAUUAUAUGGCUUGAAGAACCCCGAUUGUUGGGAGGGAAUGCUACGAAAUCAGCUAUGUUUUGGAACUAGUGUCAUUAUGGUAGUGGAGACAUGAGAAUUUUUCAGACCAUUUGAGCUUCUAGACUUCAUUCUCUUGGAUCCUUACAAUUUACAAAGAUGUGAUUGUUACCUCUCCAAGUUCAAGGAUCCGUAAUGGUGCAAUGGAUGGAAUAGUCUUAGGUACAAUUGUCUUUGUGGUUACUUUUUCUACAGUCGUUACAAUUGAGAGAUUAUCGUACACCUUCUAAACGGGACAAAAGGCGCUACAAACAAUUUUAGUGAAGUAAAGUUUUAGCUGAAUGAGUUGCAUUGGACAAGGUUUUCAGCAUGGCCAACUCCUCCUCCAUUUACUCGAAGCGUGUUCAACCAUUCAGUCAUUCAAGAUCGUUAAAUGUCUCCAUGCAGUCUCCAUCACAAUUGGUCCCAUUCCAAAGCAAUCCAUUUUCAUUCAUAACAACAUCCUCUCCUCAUACAUUUCCCUUGGUGAAGUGCUCCACGCACGCAAGAUGUUCAAUGCUAUGCCUCAUAGAACAGUUGUCUCUUACAACACUCUCAUCAAUGCUUAUUCUCGACUUGGGCAUGUGGAUGAUGCAUGGGACCUUUUCUCCCAUAUGAGGUGGACUGGUUUUGCACCUACCCAGUACACACUCACAGGGUUGUUGUCGUGUGAGUUCUUGAAUCUUUCAUUAGGUGCUCAGUUGCAGGCUUUGAGCAUCAGGAAUGGACUCUUUGAUGCCGAUUCUUUCGUGGGUACUGCUUUAUUGGGCUUGUUUGGGAGGCAUGGACAUUGGGAUGAAGUUUUUUCUACCUUUGAAUAUAUGCCCCAGAAGAGCUUGGUGACAUGGAACUCCAUGAUGUCAUUGUUGGGGCGUAAUGGGUUUGUUGAAGAGUGUAAGCUUUUGUUUCAUGAUCUUGUAAGGACAGGUAUGUCUUUGUCAGAAGGUUCUUUUGUUGCUGUGUUGUCUGGACUUGUUUAUUUUGAGGAAGAUUUGGAAUAUGGUGAACAAAUACAUGGGUUAAUGGUCAAAUGUAGGUUUGAUUAUGAAAUUAGUGCACUUAAUUCUCUUAUCAGUGUGUAUGUCAGGUGCAAAGCUAUGUUUGCAGUAGAAAGAUUGUUUAAGCAAGUUCCUAUUCAGAAUGUUGUGUCCUGGAAUACAAUUAUGGAUGCAUUAGUCAAAGGUGGGAAACCUAUGGCGACACUAGAAUUGUUUUUGAGUAUGGUAAGCAGAGGAUUGAUGCCAACUCAGGCCACUUUUGUUGUUGUUAUUGAGUCUUGUAAUUGCUUGAGAAUUGUGGUAUUUGGAGAAUCUGUCCAUGCUAAGGUAAUCAGGAGUGGCUUUGAGACUGAUGUUAUCGUGGGCACUGCACUGAUAGACUUCUAUGCCAAAUGUGAUAAACUUAUUUUAGCUAAAAAAUGUUUUGAUCAGAUAGAAGCGAAAAAUUUGGUUUCUUGGAAUACUUUGAUAGUGGGUUAUUCAAACAUUUGUUCUUCCACAGCCAUUCUAUUGUUACAAAAAAUGCUUCAAUUAGGUUAUUUCCCAAAUGAGUUUUCUUUUUCUGCUGUCCUCAAGUCAUCUUCAGUGUCUAGCCUUCAUCAACUCCACAGUUUGAUUAUAAGAACAGGGCACAAGAGUAAUGAAUACGUAUUAAGCUCUCUCAUCUUGUCUUACACCAGAAAUGGUCUCAUCAAUGAAGCACUUUCUUUUGUUAAAGAAUUUGAGAAUCGGCUUCCCGUAGUUGCAUCUAACAUCAUUGCUGGAAUCUAUAACAAAAAAUGUCAGUACUAUGAUGCAAUAAAACUACUUUCUUUACUUGAAAAACCAGAUGUUGUGUCCUGGAAUAUUGUCAUUUCAGCUUGGGCUCGGAGCAAUGAUUAUGACAAGGUUUUUGCACUUUUCAAGCAUAUGCAUUCAACAUGCAUUCUUCCAGAUAGUUACACAUUUAUGAGUGUAUUAUCUGGGUGUACCGCACUUUGUCAUUUGGAUUUAGGUAGUUCUCUACAUGGACUUGUUAUAAAGACUAAUCUUGGUAAUUUUGACACGUUCCUUGGCAAUGUACUAAUUGACAUGUAUGGAAAGUGUGGAAGCAUUGAUAACUCAAUGAAAGUUUUUGAAGAAAUUAUGCACAAAAAUAUGAUUACAUGGACCACUUUAAUCACUGCACUUGGGUUAAACGGUUACACUUAUGAGUCAGUAAUGAGAUUUCGAGACAUGGAAAUGAAGGGAUUGAAGCCUGAUGCCUUAGCAUUCAGAGCAGUACUUUCUUCAUGUAGAUAUGGCGGAUUAGUGGAAGAAGCCAUGCAAAUUUUCAGUCAGAUGAGAGCCAAUAAUGGGAUGUCACUAGAACAAGAUCAUUACUAUAUUAUGGUUGACCUACUCGCAAAAAAUGGACAAAUUAGAGAAGCUGAGAAAAUCAUUGCAAGCAUGCCUUUCCUCCCAAACGUCAAUAUAUGGCGUAGCUUUCUUGAAGCAACAAUACGCAAUAACUUGUAAAUUAACUUUUGUAGAACAAAACUUCAUUAAUCUUUUGAUAAGGAUGCACAUAUAUUUUGUUGUUUGGU